CUAGUACACUCAUAUAUGCACAACACAAAAGCUCCAUCAAUAUCCCUCUAGUAUUUGUCAUUUCUAUUUCCUCGAUCAUUUUCAAACUCUCCUAGUUAAUCACCAUGGGUGUUAUCACUUAUGAGUCUGAGGUUUCCUCACCAAUCCCACCAGCUAGGUUGUUCAAGGCCUAUGUUCUUGAUGCUGACAACCUCAUCCCCAAGAUUUCACCACACUCUAUUAAGAGCACUGAAAUUAUUGAAGGAAAUGGAGGCCCCGGAACCAUUAAAAAGGUUACAUUCCAUGAAGGCGACCAUUUCAAAUUCCUUAAGCACAAGAUCGAUGCCAUAGACAAAGAGAACUUCACCUACAAUUACAGUGUGAUUGAAGGUGGACCUUUGUCAGACAAAAUUGAAAAAAUCUCAUACGAGACCAAGUUAGUGGCAUCCCCUGAUGGAGGAUCCAUCUUUAAGAGCACCAGCAAGUACUAUGCCAAAGAUGAUUUUGAGAUCAAGGAAGAGCAAAUCAAGGCUGGUAAAGAAAAGGCUGCAGGAUUGUUCAAGUCAGUUGAAGGCUACCUUUUGGCCAACCCUGAUGCUUACAACUAAACCUGCUGCUGAUAAGAGUGUAUCUAUUCCCUCUAUUACUAUAUAGAGGUGUGACUUUCAUGUCUAUUUUGAUUUUCUGUCUAGUCAAAACUCAGAACUGUCUUCGUCUUGUAAUAAGUUUGGAUAUUCUUGUUGCUUGUAAUGUUCCCUGUCGAUUGUAAUGUGGCUCUUGUAUUGUUUUGAGUGAUAUAAUAAAAAUCAUAUGGUAUAUUUAAGGUAUUA